AUGGGAAACUAUUACGGCCAAUUCAAUAAUCGUGAGGAGGAAAUAGUGGUGGAUAGGAGGGGAUUGGCCCUGGCCGCGGCUUGUGGCACUUCUUGGUCUCAGGUGGUGCAGCGCGGAACGGAGAGGGAUAACGAAUGCCGGGAGCACGGCACGGUGGAGGAAAUGAUCGAGAGUAUUAUGUUGUUGAUGUUGAUGAAGAGAUUUCCCUUGGCGAGGGAUGGCCUGAGAUAUGACGUAGUUUGCGUCAAAACGAAUAAUCUUUCUUGUAAUGUCAAUAUUGUCGCCAUGUAUAGGCACCCUUGUGAACCGAUGGCUAGAAACAACUUUGGGCCUGUAUUCAAUGCUGUUGGCGGUAAUGGCCUCGACACGAUUAUCCUGGGCGAUUUCAAUGUCCACAGUGGCACAUGGAAUUGCCCUACCACAGAUGUUGAAGGAGAUCUGUUCUAUGAGAUUAUGGAUAGUGAAGGAUUGAUCUGUGUUAACGUGGACACCUGCUCUCGUGGCGGCGUCAGAGGACAGCGAGAUACCAAUAUAGAUCUGCUAUUCGGCAUGACAAAUAUAGUUGGGGACGUAUCCUAUUUUCGGAUUUCGGAUGCUUGGGGCAGUGAUCACCAUCCGAUCUCCUUCUCCUUCGAUAAUUCCCCCUUGAUUUAUGGGAAGACCACGAACUGUCUAUCUACUAAGAAGACCGAUUGGAGCCGAUUUCGGAAGAUAGUAGAUUCUGAAAUGAGAGAAAGUAUUCCCCUCCGGCGGAGUUUUUUGGAGAGGGAUCUCGAGACCUGCUACUCUUCUUUCAUCGAGGUCAUCAAGAGCGCUGUGGCCGAUGCUUCGGGCAGAAGGUCUACGACUCCGCCUACGAGGGUUCCCUCGAUCAAGAAGAAACCUUCACAUAAAUGGUGGGAUGCAGAAUGCGACAAGGUCAUUCGUAAUAGAAAGGAGACCUUAAAGGCCUUCAAGAAUACCAAGAGUCUACAUGACUGGUUUGGCUAUAAGAAAACGACGGGUUGGGCUAGACAGACCAUUAAACGUAAAAAGAAGGCCGGUUUCGAGGAAUUCUGUAGGGGGAUUGACAGGUUUACGAGUCUCUCGUAUGUCUGGAAGAUUAUGCGCAUUUUUAAAAACGCCAGGAAAAAUCUCGAGUGGAAUGCCUGGCCCACUAAGAAUAGAGAGGAGGUGGUCAAAUCAACUAUUGAGAGUUUGAGCCCCGCCCUCCGUUGGUGUCGAGCCUGUGUUUGA